AUGGGAACCACAUACCCCAUACCACAAUCAGAAACAACAAAUGGAACCCACAUACCCAAUACCCAUCAGAACCGAAAAAUGGAACCCACAUACCCCCAAAUCAGAACGAACAAUGGGAACCACAUACCCACAACCACAAUCGACACGAACAAAUGGGAAACACAUAACCACAAUACCACAAUCAGACCCACAAUGCGAACAAAUGGGAACCCACAUACCCAAAUACCCACAAUCAGAACACGAACAAAUGGGAACCCACAUACCCCAAUACCCACAAUCAGAACACGAACAAAUGGGAACCCACAUACCCACAAUCAGAACACGAACAAAUGGGAACCCACAUACCCGCAUACCCACAAUCAGAACACGAACAAAUGGGAACCCACAUACCCGCAAUACCACAAUCAGACCCACACGAACAAAUGGGAACCCACAUACCCAAAUACCCACAAUCAGAAACAACAAAUGGGAACCCACAUAAUGAACACGAACAAAUGGGAACCCACAUACCCAUACCCACAAUCAGAACACGAACAAAUGGGAACCCACAUACCCAAAUACCCACAAUCCCACAUCAGAUACCCACAUCAGAAACGAACAAAUGGGAACCCACAUACCCAAAUACCCACAAUCAGAACACGAACAAAUGGGAACCCACAUACCCACAAUCAGAACACGAACAAAUGGGAACCCACAUACCCAAAUACCCACAAUCAGAACGCGAACAAAUGGGAACCCACAUACCCAAAUACCCACAUACGAACCCAUACCCAAAUACCACAAUCAGAACACGAACAAAUGGGAACCCACAUACCCAAAUACCCACAAUCAGAACACGAACAAAUGGGAACCCACAUACCCACAUACCCACAAUCGAACAAAUGGGAACACAUACCCAAACAACAAUCAGAAACGAACAAAUGGAACCACAUACCAAAUACCACAAUCAGAACACGAACAAAUGGAACCACAUACCCCAUACCACAUCAGAACCGAACAAAUGGGAACCACAUACCCAAAUACCCACAAUCAGAACACGAACAAAUGGGCCACAAUACCCAAAUGGGAAUCAGAACACGAACAAAUGGGAACCCACAUACCCGCAUACCACCCACAAAUACCACAUACCGCAUAAUCAACCGAACAAAUGGGAAACCCACAAUACCACACCGCAUACCCACAAUCAGAACGCGAACAAAUGGAACCACAUACCCCACAAUCAACCGAACAUGGGAACCACAUACAAAUACCACAAUCAGAAACGAACAAAUGGGAACCCACAUACCCAAAUACCCACAAUCAGAACACGAACAAAUGGGAACCCACAUACCCAAAUACCCACAAUCAGAACGCGAACAAAUGGGAACCCACAUACCCAAAUACCCACAAUCAGAACACGAACAAAUGGGAACCCACAAAUACACGAACAAAUGGGAACCACAUACCCAAUCAGAACGCGAACAAAUGGAACCACAUACCCCAAUACCACAAAUAGAACACGAACAAAUGGGAACCCACAUACCGAUACCACAAUCAGAACGCGAACAAAUGGGAAUACCCACAAUCAGAACGCGAACAAAUCAAAUACCCAAAUACCCAAUCAGAACACGAACAAAUGGGAUCAGAAACAAAUGGAAGAAAUCAGAACCGAACAAAUGGGCCAUACCCAAAUACCCACAAUCAGAACACGAACAAAUGGGAACCCACAUACCCACAAUCAGAACACGAACAAAUGGGAACCCACAUACCCGCAUACCCACAAUCAGAACACGAACAAAUGGGAACCCACAUACCCAAAUACCCACAAUCAGAACGCAAAUGGGCAUACCCAAUCAGGAACAAACCCACAUACCAAAUCCACAAUCAGAACGCGAACCGCAGAACGGGAAGCCACAUACCAAAUACCCACAAUCAGAACACAACAAAUUGGAACCCACAUACCCACAAUCAGAACACGAACAUAUGGGACCCACAUACCAAAUCCACAAUCAGAACACGAACAAAUGGGAACCCACAUACCCGCAUACCCACAAUCAGAACACGAACAAAUGGGGACCCCCCAUAAUACCCACAAUCAGAACGCGAACAAAUGGGAACCCACAUACCCACAAUCAGAACGCGAACAAAUGGGAACCCACAUACCCAAAUACCCACAAUCAGAACGCGAACAAAUGGGAACCCACAUACCCAAAUACCCACAAUCAGAACACAAUAUGGGCACAAACAUAUGGGAACCCACAUACCCAAAUACCCACAAUCAGAACACGAACAAAUGGGAACCCACAUACCCAAAUACCCACAAGCAAACCACGACGGAAUGGCCAGGUGUCAUGGCCGGCAUAG